AAUUUCCAUCCAUUAUAGUUUGUACACCUUGCACCUUGCCAUUCUCACUUUUCCAAACAAACAAAAACAUCAUGUCCUCUCCCCGAUCCUUGGUUUUGUCUGAUAGUUCCUCUGAUUGGAGCAGCGAGCUCCAAGCAAGUCCAAUUCAUGACAAGAACACCAGAAGGCAGCGGCGUCCAAGUCAAUCCUCGCACUCCCUCAAGAGCAAAGGAGGAGCCAAGACACGUGCAGAAAUCAUCCGCCAAAAGUAUGCUGAAUCACAAGGAAUCCGUCGUCAGCUGCGCGGUUAUCGACGAAGCAACUCCAAUGCAUCUUGCGAUUCUGCGGAGCAAAUUGUCCACAAAGAUGCCCAAGCCGUGUCAGAGUCCCUCAAGGCCAUGGAAGGCUUUAUGAAUGCUGUCAACAGCAAGCACCGUAGACGCAAGCUCCUGGGCAGUCAGCAACCAGCGGAAUUAGCCAGCCACCACUAGAGUCUAACUCAUUGAUUGCCCACAUCAUUGCAAAUCACCGCUUGCAGCCAUGCCCACACAACCAUGCCCACACAACCAAGCCAUGUCCAAUUCAUAUCAGAUCGUUCGUUUGUGGCGCACAGACAGAACAUGUACAUAAAAACCUGUAUUAGAAACAAAUCUUCUUUAUCUU